AUGUUGAAUAUGACUUUUGCACUUUUCAAGACACUCUUUGCAAUUCUCAAUCAGAGCUCGAUAAGGGUGGUGAAACUCAAAAGGUUGGGAAAUGAGCGUAAAAGCUUGCUACGAUCUUUAGCUAUUUCUCCUUUCUCUUCCAACACCAUUGAUAUAUUCCCCAAUACUCAGUUGUUCCCUCUUGCUUGCUGCACUGCUCAGCGCACUCACAAUGCGGUCAUCAACCGCUUGAUUGAAACUCUCUCUACCCAAUCGGUGUUGUCGAAACGCUACGAUACGUUGUCGCACGAGGAGGCUUCGAAAGCAACGAAAAACAUCGAGGAGGAGGCUUUUGCAGCGGCUGGAGCAUUAGCCUCCAAUGAGGAGACAAUGGCAUCGAGGUGUUACAGGUGUACUCUAAGGAGAUCGGCUUGGAAUUUAGCUGUAUCGAAGCCUAAGAAGGUUAUCCAUUGCAUUAAAGUAGGAAUGGCACUUUCUUUUGUGUCACUGUUCUAUUACAUGAGGCCUUUGUAUAAAGGGGUUGGAGGUAGUGUUAUGUGGGCAGUUAUGAUUGUUGUGGUAGUUUUUGAACACAUUGUUGGUGCAACACUCUGUAAAUGUGUUAAUAGAGCAACCAUAACAUUUCUUGAUGGAUCUCUGGGUAUUGAUGUUCAUUGGGUUGCAAGUCACCUAGUGUCCGUCUCAGACUGUCGUGUGGAUAAAUUGUUUGAAUUAGCCCAUUAUAGAGUAUCCACAAUUGCCAUUGGGACCUCCAUCUGUAUUACUGUAACCAUGUUUCUAUGUCCAACAUGGGCUGGUGAAGAGCUUCACUCUCUCAUCAUUCGCAACCUGGAAAAGCUUGCAAAUUCCUUGGAUGGAUGUAUAGUAGAGUACUUCAAAGAUGACAGAAUUGUUGAUGUCACUGAGGAAGAUAAAGGGCAGAAGUUGCAAGGAUACAAAUGUGUGCUCAAUUCAAAGGCAACUGAAGAAUCCAUGGUACAUUGUUGA